AUAAUGGUACUCACUAUAAAUUAUAAUUUUGAAAAAGUAUUGCCAAUGGAACUAUUUUGUCAUUGUCAUUGUACCAAUAAACUGUGAAAAUAAUAAAAAGAAAAUAUUCGAAAGUACAGUAAAUUCGACUACUUCACUAACCAACCAAAAAAAUAAAAGAAAUCAAAAUGAAGCGGUCGCCGGCGAUCUUGAAAACCCGCCGAGGAGGUGGUGGGGGUUUAGGAUUUGCAGCAAUAGCUUACAUCGGAGUAGACUAUCUCCGGUUUAUUUCUCCGGUCUGGCAUGACCGCUUACAACCGGCACUAUGGACCAUAUUAGCCAUUGCUGCUAUUAUUCGAGUCCCAUUUUACAAACAUUGGUCAUUGGAGCUCCGUUCAGCUAUACCCUUUAUUUUCGCUAUGCUUUUUUUGCUGUCUGCUCUUCUUUUUGAAGCCAUUUCUGUUCGCUCAGUUACCGCUGUUCUUGGUCUUGAUUGGAACAAUGAUGCAUCACCUCUUCCUGAUGUUGGUCAGUGGUUUCUGUUGUCAUUAAAUGAGAAACUACCUCAAACAGUGGUUGAUAUAUUGAGGGCUCGUAUAAUUGGAUUACAUCAUUUUCUUAUGCUGUUUAUCAUGCUUGCUUUCUCUGUACUCUUUGAAUCGGUUGAAGCUCCUGGUCUUGGGCUUGGUGCAAGAUACAUGUUCACAAUGGGAAUCGGAAGACUCCUUCGAGCCAUAACUUUUAUCUCCACAAUUCUACCAUCUGCUCGACCAUGGUGUGCGUCUACUAGAUUUCUUGUUCCUGAACACCCUCAUCCUUGGGCUCAGAAAUAUUAUGUACCAUAUGCCACAGAUUCAAAUGCAAUACGGAACAUUAUUAACUGGGACACAGCAUAUGCGGAUCCUGGGGAAUAUGAUCCUGAGUUUCGACCAGAUUGGGGUUCAAUGAGCUUUUUGAUUGAUUUCCUUCGGCCUACAGCUCCUGAGGGAUCAUCUGCUUGGUAUCAUCUGCUAAAAAAAGCGUCAGGGGGUUGCAAUGACCUUAUAUAUAGCGGCCACAUGCUUGUUGCUGUACUGACGGCUAUGGCGUGGACGGAAGCUUAUUGUGGGUAUAGCUCAGCACUCAUCUGGAUUUUUGUGAUUCAUAGUGCUCAAAGAGAAAUACGAGAACGCCACCAUUACAGUGUAGACGUUGUCGUGGCCAUCUACGUGGGCAUAAUGCUCUGGAAGAUGACAGGUCUUUUCUGGCCAAUGAAGGAUCGGUCAAAGGAUACGAGGCUUCAUAGGCUCAAGAAGAUUCAGGGUAGGCUAAUGCGAGCAGCAAAGGACGAUGACAUAGAGGCAAUAAGAGAACUCCUAAAGGAGGUGGAAGUUAGCAACCAAGUUAGGGAAAAUUCCAGUAGCAAAGCAAUGUGGCUCUUUUCCGGUGGAACCAUUAUUUUCACUCUUAGUAUGGUUCUUCUUGCAUUCACAUUGACCAGUGACGGGUGAGAGAGCCAACUUUCAACUCCUGCGAAAUGAUUUACCAUUGGUGAGAAAAUGUUCUACAAUGGGUAAGAUGAUUACAAGACGCGAAGUUUGUAACAUUAGGCUAGGCCAGAAUGGGCAUUCUGCUGAAGUUUUUGUUGUUUGUUUGUAAUGCUUUGGCUUUAAAUUAUCUUUUUGUUUUCAAUUAUUAAGGUGAGAUAGUAUCUGCUCAUUUACUGCUUGAUAUGAAGAGAAAUUGACUUUUUAUUGUAUGCUGUAAAAUUUGUUUGCUUGA